CAUAAAAUUAGGAAGAGAAAAAGGCAAAUUUUAAUGCUUGAGUAAACAUCAGCGUGACAUAUUUUGAAGACCACACACAAGAAGAUUUUAAACACACGGGUUUUAUCGAUCUUUCGUCGUAUUUAUAACACUGGAAACUGGUUGGAUCGGAUAUCAUUCGUGUGAAAAUGGGAGACAACAACAUACUUCGUGUGGGGACAAGGAAAAGUGAGUUAGCCAUGGUACAAACGAACUGGGUUGUCAAUCAACUAAAGUCAUUGAACAAGUCGUUGGAAGUUGAGAUUGUUCAAAUGGCAACAAUUGGUGACAAAAUAUUGGACAAGUCACUUUCUAAGACUGGUGAGAAAAGUUUGUUCACCAAGGAAUUAGAAGAUGCUUUGAUUGCAAACCAAGUUGAUCUUGUUGUGAAUUCAUUGAAAGAUAUGCCGUCAACACUUCCACCAAAUCUUACAAUAUCUGCCGUGUCCAGACGUGAAGACCCACGUGAUGCUGUGAUUAUGCAUCCGGAUAAUGUUGGGAAGAGAUUGGAAGAUCUUCCUCCUGGGAGUAUUGUUGGCACAAGUUCAUUGCGAAGAGUCGCGCAAUUAAAGAAGUUGUUUCCUGAUCUCAAGUUUAAAAGCAUUCGAGGAAACUUAAACACGAGGCUUCGUAAACUUGACGAUGCCAGUAAUUUCUCAGCGAUUAUUCUCGCGGUGGCUGGUGUUAAGAGGAUGGGAUGGAAUGCGAGGAUCUCUUACACACUUACUACCGAUGAAUGCUUGUACGCGAUUGGUCAAGGAGCACUUGGGAUCGAAACAAGAGCUGAUGAUAUGAAAAGUAUAAAGUUGGUGUCGCAACUUCACGAUAAAGAUACUGUGAUAAGAACAGUGGCUGAGAGAGCUUUCCUAAAAACAUUGGGAGGGGGGUGUUCGGUUCCACAAGCAGUUCAUUCAUGGAUAAUUGAAGAUGAGCUCUACAUGAGAGGCGCGGUGUUCAACCUUGAUGGUUCCAAGUCACUUUACGAAACGAUGCAAACAUCUCUGUUUGUCAACGAAGAUGACAAGAAACUGAUGGAGCCAGUAGACUUGGAUAGUUGUUGUGAGUUUGCGAGCAUAACAACCAGCCAUAAAUUCAUCAACCCCAUGUUAUUAAAAGCAUCCGGACAUCUGGGGAGGGAUCUCGCUUUGCUUCUUCUUCAACGAGGAGCAACUGCUAUUCUUGAUGAAGCUCGCGAGCAGAAUUUGCUGCGUGUUGAUGAUGUUGUGUGAUGUCAUAAUUAUGCCAUGUGAUGUCAUAAUGGUGUCAUAAUGAUAUCCAUUGUCAUAUUAUUUAGACCAGGGCUUCUUAAACAUUUAUUCUCGCGACCCUUUUUAAAUUCAUUAAACUUUCCGCUGCCAUUCACAAUUAAUACAAUAAUAAAUACUUUGUGUAUAAUUUGUAAACUAUCAGUGACCCUGAAAGUUCGUUACAUGACCCCUAGUUUGGGAAGCCCUGAUUUAAAUGAUUGUUUUGCACUUGUGUAAUAGUCUAUUUCUAUUUGAAUAUCAUAACAGAGAUUGAUUUUUUUAAGCUGCUCCAAACAGGUUGUAUGUAUAAGAUGUUAUGUCAGUGUUUUUAUAAUGUCCUGAUUAUACCAAAACUGGGAGGGUAGUAAUAAUAAUAACCAUCACUUUGUUUGUAUAUAAUAUGCAUUGUUUCAUAUACAAUUGGAUGCAUUUUGGAUUUUUCUACUUUUAAGUUAAUUUUUGCAACAAACAUUUUUAUCAUUCGUUGCAUUUUGAGCCUGUAUAAAAAUGAUAUACCAGAAAACUAAUUUGUCCCACAA